UUGUUCUUUUUAAGGAUGCCUUAGCUUUCCUCCCGCCGCCUCUCCUUUGAGCCUUGCUACUAGAGACUGUGAGCCAGAGUCAGGGAUGUAAAGAGAGGGGGAAAACCGCCAGGAGCUCCAGCCAGCCGGGGAGACCCUCCUCUCUGUGGAGGGGAGGGGGAUUUCCAGCGACAGAUCAUUGGCGAAGGGGACCGUCGCAGGGAGAGGAGCCCCGGAGGGAGCGGGGAAUCCCACAGCCCUUUGUGGCGCCCCAGCCCUUGCCGCCUGCUGAGAGGGGUCUGUGGGAGCUAGCUGUUGGUGGAACAUGCCUGCCCCCAAGGGAUGUUGCUUCCGCUGACCUCGUACUUGUAAGGACCCUGCUGGCUCUGUGGCUCUGUCCAGUUCAACAUGGCAGAAAAGGCACCCCCUGGCUUAAACAGGAAGACUUCAAGGUCGACACUUUCUCUUCCUCCAGAACCUGUGGACAUUAUCCGGAGCAAAACGUGCUCGAGGAGAGUGAAGAUCAACGUGGGGGGCCUCAACCACGAAGUCCUGUGGAGGACGUUGGACAGGCUGCCCAGGACGCGUUUGGGGAAGCUCCGCGACUGCAACACGCACGAGAGCCUCCUGGAGGUGUGCGAUGACUAUAACCUGAAUGAGAACGAAUAUUUCUUUGAUCGACAUCCUGGAGCUUUCACUUCUAUUUUAAAUUUCUACCGGACGGGGAAGUUGCAUAUGAUGGAAGAAAUGUGCGCGCUCUCCUUUGGCCAAGAGCUUGAUUAUUGGGGGAUCGACGAGAUCUACUUGGAAUCCUGCUGCCAAGCCAGGUAUCAUCAAAAGAAAGAACAGAUGAACGAAGAACUGAGGCGAGAGGCAGAAACCAUGCGCGAGCGRGAGGGAGAAGAAUUUGAUAAUACCUGCUGUCCUGAGAAAAGGAAGAAACUUUGGGACUUGCUGGAGAAGCCCAACUCAUCAGUGGCCGCCAAGAUCUUGGCCAUCGUGUCUAUCCUGUUUAUCGUACUUUCCACCAUUGCUUUGUCUCUCAACACACUUCCAGAGCUGCAGGAAAAUGAUGAAUUUGGACAACCCACCGACAACCGCAAGUUGGCACACGUGGAGGCUGUGUGUAUUGCUUGGUUUACCAUGGAGUACCUUUUACGGUUCCUGUCCUCACCAAAUAAAUGGAAGUUCUUUAAAGGCCCGCUGAAUGUCAUUGACUUGCUGGCUAUCUUACCAUACUAUGUCACCAUUUUCCUCACAGAGUCCAACAAGAGUGUGCUGCAGUUCCAAAACGUGAGGCGUGUGGUCCAGAUCUUCCGAAUCAUGCGCAUCCUUCGGAUCCUGAAACUYGCCAGACAUUCAACGGGCCUGCAGUCUCUGGGGUUCACCCUCAGACGGAGUUACAAUGAGCUGGGCUUGUUGAUAUUAUUUCUGGCCAUGGGGAUAAUGAUAUUUUCCAGCUUGGUAUUUUUCGCUGAGAAAGAUGAAGAUGCUACCAAGUUCACCAGUAUUCCUGCAUCAUUUUGGUGGGCCACCAUCACCAUGACCACCGUGGGCUAUGGUGACAUUUACCCUAAAACAUUACUAGGGAAAAUUGUGGGAGGCCUCUGCUGUAUUGCUGGGGUUCUGGUUAUUGCCCUUCCCAUUCCGAUCAUUGUGAACAAUUUUUCUGAGUUUUAUAAAGAGCAGAAACGUCAGGAGAAGGCCAUUAAAAGGAGAGAGGCUCUUGAGCGGGCCAAAAGGAAUGGAAGCAUUGUUUCUAUGAACUUAAAAGAUGCCUUCGCUCGAAGUAUGGAACUGAUAGACGUGGCUGUUGAGAAGGCUGGAGAGUCAGCCAAUACAAAGGACUCGGCGGAUGAUAAUCACCUGUCCCCAAGCCGGUGGAAGUGGGCCAGGAAGGCUCUGUCAGAAACAAGCUCCAACAAAUCUUAUGAGAAUAAGUACCAGGAGGUUAGCCAAAAAGACUCCCACGAGCAGCUGAACAACACUUCUUCCUCCAGCCCACAGCAUCUGAGUGCCCAGAAACUGGAGAUGCUGUAUAAUGAAAUCACCAAGACACAGCCUCAUUCUCACCCGAACCCAGACUGCCAAGAACAGCCUGAGAGGCCAUCUGGGUAUGAAGAAGAGAUAGAAAUGGAAGAAGUGGUCUACCCACAGGAGCAGCUGGCCGUGGCGCAGACCGAGGUCAUUGUGGACAUGAAGAGCACCUCYAGCAUCGACAGCUUCACCAGCUGUGCCACUGACUUCACAGAGACAGAGAGAUCACCCCUGCCACCACCCUCUGCAUCUCACUUGCAGAUGAAGUUCCCCACUGACCUCCCAGGGAUAGAUGAGCACCAAAGAGCCCGAGGCCCCCCAUUUCUAACACUCAGCAGAGAGAAAGGGCGUGAUGCCAGGGAUGCCACCCUGGAAUAUGCCCCAAUCGAUAUAACUGUGAACCUUGAUGCCAGUGGUGCCCAGUGUGGGCUACAUGGUCCUGUGCCAUCUGACAGCGCCACUGACAGCCCUAAGAGCUCGCUGAAAGGGAGCAACCCAUUAAAGUCCAGAUCCCUCAAAGUGAACUUUCAGGAAAACAGAGGCAAUGCUCCCCAGACUCCACCCAGCACAGCCAGGCCACUGCCAGUGACCACAGCUGACUUUUCUCUUACCACCCCGCAGCACAUCAGUACCAUCCUCCUGGAAGAAACCCUUCCCCAGGGAGACAGACCCUUGCUGGGUGCUGAUGUUUCAGCACACUGUCAGGGACCUUCCAAAGGGCUGUCCCCUAGGUUUCCCAAACAGAAACUAUUUCCUUUCUCUUCGAGGGAGAGGAGAAGCUUCACUGAAAUAGAUACUGGAGAAGACGAAGACUUCUUGGAGCUCCAAGGGGCCAGGCCGGACAUGCAAGCAGUCUCUAGCCCCAACUGCUUUGCAGAUAAGCCUAGUGAUGGGAGAGACCCUUUGAGAGAAGAGGGCUGUGUGGGCUCUUCCUCCCCUCAGAACACAAGUCACAACUGUAGGCAAGACAUUUGUCACGCUGUGGGUGAAGUSAAAAAGGAGAGUAGUCAAGAAGGGUGCAAGAUGGAAAACCACUUGUUUGCCCCAGAAAUUCAUUCCAACCCAGGCGACACAGGUUAUUGUCCCACACGUGAAACCAGCAUGUGACUAGUUACAAAAGCAAUAAUUAAAAAAACAAAAAACUUGUUUCUUAAAACACGGUUAAUAAUGCCUGUGAACUAAAUCAUGGGAAGCCCCUAUCC